GCGGCGGAAGUAGCCGCAGGAGCCGCAGGGUGUGUAAGUGUGAUAAGAGGGAAGCGGGUGGCUCGCGCGCCGACAACGCUCGCUUCGCCCGCUAUCCGAGGCCCCAACGUCCCUCUCGUUUUGAGGCGGUCGCACCCCGUCAGGAAUAACGAUGGAUAAAAGUGAGCUUGUACAGAAGGCCAAAUUGGCUGAGCAGGCAGAACGCUAUGAUGAUAUGGCUGCUGCCAUGAAGGCUGUCACUGAGCAGGGUCAUGAGCUGUCCAACGAAGAAAGGAACCUACUCUCUGUUGCCUACAAAAAUGUGGUUGGUGCUCGUCGUUCUUCUUGGCGUGUCAUUUCCAGCAUUGAACAGAAGACAGAACGAAACGAGAAAAAACAGCAGAUGGGAAAAGAAUAUCGUGAGAAGAUUGAGGCUGAGUUGCAGGACAUAUGCAAUGAUGUUCUGGAACUCUUAGAUAAGUUCCUUAUUGCUAAUUCCACACAAGCAGAAAGUAAAGUCUUCUAUUUGAAAAUGAAAGGCGAUUACUACAGAUACCUUUCAGAGGUGGCAUCUGGGGACAACAAGCAAACAACAGUAGGAAAUUCUCAACAGGCAUAUCAAGAAGCAUUUGAAAUCAGCAAGAAGGAGAUGCAGCCAACACAUCCUAUUCGCCUUGGUCUGGCAUUGAAUUUCUCUGUGUUCUACUAUGAAAUAUUAAACUCACCUGAGAAAGCCUGUAGUUUGGCAAAGACAGCAUUUGAUGAAGCAAUAGCUGAACUGGACACACUGAAUGAAGAAUCUUACAAAGAUAGCACCCUGAUUAUGCAGCUACUUAGAGAUAAUCUUACU